AUGUCCAUGAUAACCAAUUUCACACAAAGACCCUUUCAAUUCAUCCUCACUGGCAUCCCAGGAUUUGAAGCUUACCACAUCUGGAUCUCCAUCCCCUUCUGCUGUCUCUACACCAUCUCCAUCAUGGGCAACACUACCAUUCUAUCUGUCAUCCACAGAGAACCAUCUCUCCAUCAGCCCAUGUACCUAUUUCUCUUCAUGCUGGCCCUAACUGACCUAGGUCUCACCCUCACCACCCUGCCCACAGUCAUGCAGCUUCUCUGGUUCAACAUCCGGCACAUCAGCUUUGAAGCUUGCUUUACUCAGUUAUUUUUCAUUCAUACAUUCUCCUUCAUGGAAUCUUCUGUCUUGCUGGCCAUGUCUUUUGACCGCUAUGUGGCCAUCUGCCGCCCCCUGCAUUAUGCCACCAUCCUCACCAACACUGUUAUUGGCAGGAUUGGAAUAGCCAUUGUUCUCCGCUGUGCUCUGGCUGUUCUUCCCUCUUUUUUCUUACUCAAGCGUUUGCCCUUUUGCCGUUCUCACCUUCUCUCUCAUUCCUACUGCCUUCACCAGGAUAUGAUUCGCCUGGUCUGUGCUGACAUUAGGGUUAACAGCUGGUAUGGGUUUGCUCUAGUUUUACUUAUUAUUGUGAUGGACCCUCUACUUAUUGUGCUCUCCUAUGCAAUGAUUCUGAAAAGUAUCUUGGGCACAUCCACCAGGGCUGAACAACUUCGAGCCCUCAAUAACUGUCUUUCCCACAUUCUAGCUGUUCUUGUUCUUUACAUUCCUAUGGUUGGAGUGUCUAUGACUCAUCGAUUUGCCAAGCAUGCCUCUCCCUUGCUCCAUGUUAUUAUGGCCAAUGUCUAUAUCUUGUCACCUCCCGUGAUGAACCCCAUCAUUUAUAGUGUAAAGACUAAACAGAUCCGCCAAGGAAUCUUCCAUCUUAUUUUUGGGAGGAAAGCACACUAA